UUUUGUAAUUUACCCAAUAAUAAUUGAUUAAUUUCAACACGGAUUGUCUUUUGACCCUUGACGCGCUGCAUAUUAUAUACACAACGCUUGUAUACAAAUUCCGACCACAACAGGAAUCAUGAGCUACUGCAAGAAAUGGCUGCCCUUAAUUUUAAUUAUUCAGAUGAUUAUCCCAAUGGCAGUUUCGCAAUUCGAGGAGUUCGUUUGUUCAACAACCGGAAACUACACAACGGAGAGCCUGUACCGUGCGGAUCUAAACGGCGUUCUCCGCUCUCUCUCCUCAAACAUGAACGCCGGCGGCUUCUACAGCGCCUCCGUCGGCCGAGCCAACGUCGCCGCCCUCUGCAGAGGCGACGUCCAGCUCAACCAGUGCCAGGGCUGCGUCAACAUAGUGUCGCAAACGAUCCUAGUCAACUGUCCGAAUCAGUUCGGGGCGAUUAUGUGGUCCGAAUUCUGUAUGGUGCGCUACUCGAACGAGUCCUUUUUGGGGAGGCUGUCGACAAGUCCGGCGAGGAUUUUGUAUAUUGGGACUAACUCGACGAGUCCGGUCCGGUUCAGGGCUGCCCGGGAAGAGCUGUUGGACGAUGUUCGGGCGCGUGCGGCGGACGGCGGAUCUCUGAGGAAGGCGGCGGCGGGGAAUACGACGGGGCCGGAUGAUCAGGGAAUUUUUACACUGUUGCAGUGCACGCCGGAUUUGUCGGCGGAGAAUUGCACUAGGUGCUUGGUGGAGGCCGCCGGAUAUAUACAGGGAUAUAUUAAUGAUUCGACUGGGAUCAGAGUCUAUACACCCAGCUGCAUUUAUCGUUAUGUGAAUCAGCAAUUUUACAAUAUCACCAGGCUUCAAGAACCACUUGUGCCGGCUUCGACGCCACCUUCUACGGCGGCGGCGCCGCCUCCUGGGGUGCUGUCGUUGGUGCCGCCUCCACCGUCACCAGGUAACUACAGUUUAGUUGAAGUAUUUAAAUUGGGAAUAUAAAACCCUAGGCUAUGUUUGUUAAGCUUUUCAAAUUCUUUUCACACUUUCCCCAAAAUGAAAAUUAUCUUUCUACACUAUUUUCAAAAAAUUUCUCCAAAACAAAUUCAAAUAUUUCUCUCUCUAACAAAUAUGAUUAGACCGCUACAGUAAAAAAUGUCUUCACUAAAAUACAAAAUCAAAUCACUUUAUCUUUUAAAUUCUUCUUCCAAAAUACCUUUUUCCCAACACCUUUCAGACAUAAUU